UUUUCUAUCAGCGGCACCAUUAUAUUCUUAAGCUAGCCAGUAGAACCACGCUACCAAGCUCUCACUCUUUCUCUCUCUACAUUCUCUAUCUACUUUCUCUCUCUAAAGGGGCGUUCUGAGAUCACAUUGAACAAUGGUGAAGGCCGUUGCCGUUCUCAACAGCAGUGAGGGAGUCAAGGGGACUAUCUUUUUCACUCAAGAAGCAGAUGGUCCGACAACUGUGACCGGAAGCGUUUCCGGUCUCAAGCCGGGACCCCACGGCUUCCAUGUUCAUGCCCUUGGAGACACAACCAACGGAUGCAUGUCAACUGGACCACACUUUAACCCUGCUGGAAAAGAGCAUGGUGCUCCUGAGGAUGCAAUUCGCCAUGCUGGAGAUCUGGGAAAUGUCACUGUUGGCGCUGAAGGCACUGCUGAAUUCACAAUUGUUGACAAGCAGAUUCCUCUUACUGGCCCCCAUUCCAUUAUUGGUAGAGCAGUCGUCGUACAUGCUGAUCCUGAUGAUCUUGGCAAGGGAGGACAUGAAUUGAGCAAAACCACUGGAAAUGCAGGAGGCAGAGUAGCAUGUGGUAUUAUUGGGUUGCAAGGAUAGACAGCAGCUUCUUUAGGCAUCAAAAAAUAUUUUAUUAACGCCAAUAUGGUUGAUCAUUGUUCGGCUGAAUAUCUUACAAAAAUAUUAUGGGACUUUAUUUCCUUUCCAAUAAAACAACAGUUCUGUACUCUCAGCUGGUUAUGAUUCAUGAUAUGAAAAUAGUGUUUUUAUUUGGUUAAACUAUACUUUAUGUUCUCGAAAUAAAAAUUGUGGGCGAUUUUGUUGUA